AUGAAUACUCAAAAAAAAAUUAUUAGAAGAAAAACUAGAGGUGCUUCACAAUAUGGAAUUGAAUAUGAUAAAUGGAAGAAACAAACCAUUGAUAAUUUUGAUAAAGAACUUGAUAAUAUUAAUAUAGAAAGAAAUAAAAGAAAAAAAAGAAAACAAUGUAGAGACUUCAACGGUAACGUAGAUGACACAAAAGAAGAUUUUAUGGGAGUAAAAGCAACAGAUUUACACGUUGAGGGAGAUCCUGUAGAAGCAUGGGAAAAAAUUGAACAACAUAUAAAGACAAAAAUAAUUCAAUAUAGAAAUUUUCAAUGCAUACGAAUUCCUAGCAUAUAUCCUAAACAAGAAAGAAAUAAAAGGAACAAGAUCAUAGAUUUCUGUGAAGAAAGGGAUGAACAUUUUAAAGUCAUGAAAAUGAAAAAUACAAAGGAUGAAUGUUUAAAAUAUAAUCAAUGGGUAGACGAAGAAAAAAAAAAAUUUAUGAUAAAUAAUCCAUGGAGCAUUAGUGAAAGCAAUGGAAAUAAUCAAGUUUUCAAAAUUUCUAACAAUUGUACAUUGUUCAAUAUGGGUAUGUUUUCAAAUGAAAUUUGUGAUAAAUAUGAUCAGAUACAAAAAAAAACGAAUAAUUCACAAAGUCGACAACGUUCAGGUUCUCUUUUAGUAGCUACACAAAAAAUUCCUAGUAGCACAGUAACGCCUAUUAAAACUAUUAUAUCUACUACUACUCUUAAUCCUACAACUACACAAGCAGUCACACAUAUAUAUGCAAAAUAGCCAUGAACUACAUCCAAAAAUUUAUCGAAAGAUAAAAAUAUAUCAUCAUCCCCAUCUGCAUUAAAGCCAACAAAUACACCCAUAUCUACAACUACACAUACACCUUCAACUGCAUUAAGUACUAGAAAACAAAAUCCCAUUGUUACAUUAACUAAUUUCAAAAAUACUACAUCCGUACAUAGUUUAUCUGCAAGUAUUCCUAUUUAUAAUACAUGUUAUAUGAAUAUGUCUUUAGGUAUUUCUACUAAAAGCUCGUCUACAGUAACCAAAUCUACAAUUAUUCCUCUUUCAGCUGUCUUGGGAUCAUUUUUGAGAAUUCUUCUCCUUUUUGUAUUUGUGUAUAGAUGUACUCCCAUUGGCUCAUGGCUUGGUAACCGUAGAUCAAAGAGAAAAAAAACACACAGAAAAAAGAAACAAGCGCAAGUAAAUAAUGCAUCAAUAUUCCUAAGAUUUUCCGAUAAAAAAUCAAGGAUCAAUAUGAAAAACCUUCCAAUAUGUAAUGAGGCUGAUUUAUUAAUUGCCCGUUUAAUGACUUUGCUAGAGUGUUAA